AUGAAUUUUAAGCCCUCCACUAGGGAAGAAAUAUGGCGAAUUACAACCAAAGAUCUAGGAGGCCUACCCAAUACUGUGACUGAUGUUGUUCCAUCUCCAACCUCAUCAUCUUGUACCUUUGACAUAUUAACCAAAAUCUUUGCAGCUGGGUUAUCUACACCUACAGCUUUAAGAAUUGUAGCACCAUCAUUAGUCACUUCAACACUGCCUGCAUUUCUGCCGCUUGACACAAGGAUUUUGUCCAUUCCUUUUGGGCCCAAAGUGCUUUUUACCAACUCUCCAAUAGCUAUAGCUCCUACAAAGCUGCUCAAUCUAGCUAUUUCAGCUUUCUCCUCUUCUGCUUCAUGUUUAAGUACUCUGACUGGGUUUAAAGACAUCUAUGGAAAAUGCAAAAUAGUAGAUUACGCAUUUGGUAUAAUCUUUAAAUCGAAGAUACGCUCGGAGAGGAAGCAGUUGUUAGCAGACAGCACGAAUCAAACAAUGAGUGCAAGACAAACAUUUAAGUUGCCGACGGUGUGGGAGGGGAAGCCGGUGGCGGUUAUACGCCCAUUCAACAGAAUGCAUCCUGAAGAAGAAAAUUGGGACGACCCAUGGCCUAGAACGCAUAUGGGCACCACACCGCCGCAUCAACCAUCUGAGUCCAGAACACCUAUGAACACCACACCGCAGCAUCCUCCAUCUGGGUCCCGAACACCCAUGGACACCACACCGGUUAGCCGAUAUGGAGUCAGGAAUCCGGCACCGGAAGUGGCAGUGGAAGAGAAUUGGGAUGAUGAAGCAGGUUCUAAUUCGGAUCAGUUGAUUCAGGCGCCCAUGCAGAGACGUAUACCUCCAGACAUGGGUCGUGGUGCGAGACUAAGAUGGAUUAUACAGGAGAGAAGGAGGUUGCGACAGGUGCAGCAGUGA